CUCCAAUGCACUCAAAGGCAUUGUUUACUUUGUUUGUUCAUUUUACAGUUUUAAUCAUUUGGAGCUCUCUCUUUCUCAUAAAAUGGGUUUGAGAAUAGUGAAAUCUUUGGCUGGAUUUUUGGUGCUCCUGAAUUUGUGCAUGUAUGUGACUGUUGCUGCCAUUGCUGGUUGGGCACUCAAUAAGGCUAUUGACCAUCAUUAUGUUACUGGACCCAAAAGUAGUGUACCAGUGGGCUUCUCAUUUUCACCAUUGCCUUUCCCCAUGGGGAAUGAAGCCACUGGUUUUACGGUCAUAUUUUCCCUGAUAGCUGGAGCUGUAGGAACAGCUUCAUGUCUUUCAGGGCUCCAUCAUCUAAGAGUGUGGACAGCAGAGAGCUUGGCUUCAACUGCUUCAUCUGCCAUCACAGCUUGGGCUCUUACUCUUCUUGCCAUGGGGUUGGCAUGCAAAGAGAUCCAUUUACAUAGCAGAAGUCCAACGCUGAUCGCUUUGGAAGCCUUCAUAAUCAUUCUGUCCGCAACAAAAUUGUUUUACAUGAUGGUCAUCCAUGUUGGGUUUUUUGCUGGAAAUUACUUUUCUUGUGGAGAGAAAGAUGUUAGCACCACUACUGCAGAGCCUCUAAAAGAAAACACACUUAAAGCUUAAAAAAUGAAGUUCAAUGCUUGGGCUUUGUUUUUAUUUUUAAAAGUUUUCAAUGCCUUUGAUAGUAAGAUUGUGUUGAAGGGAGAGGAUGUAUGCCUUUAAAUAUUUAUGAGGCUGUUCUGAUGUAAGAUUUUUUAAUUCAAAUUGUGUUCUAUGAGUUGCAAACUUUUGUUGGUGUA